AUGGGCGCCCCGACUCCUGGCCACCGUCCGCAACCAGAACCUGCUCCGUCAGGCCACGCGGCCGGUGCUGAGGGCCAUCCGGGCGUACGCGACGUAUGUCUCCCACAUAGUGGCGGCCUCCGUGGCCGGCUCCCCCCAGUGGAGCUCCUAGCCGAGGAGAGGUAUCUCCUAUACUGGCAUAUAAAGAAGCUCCGCGAAAGGGGGGAAGGGCCAUCGGCCAGGGACUUGAGGGCUCUUAAGACCCAGGCCGGUGACCGGAUCCUCGACAAGUGGUCGGCCGAGCUGGUCGACCCGCGAGGAUUCGGUCGCCAAACGGCCGAGGCUGUCCGCCCCUGUCUACCGGAAAUGGUAGACAGGAGGAGACGCGGACUCUCCUUCCACAUGGUGCAGGUGCUGACCGGGCAUGGAUGCUUCGGGAGGUACCUGCACCAAAUCGGGAAGGAGAACACCACCGAGUGCCAUCAUUGCUCCGAGCCGGAGGACUCGGCGCGGCACACCCUCGUGGAAUGUGAGGCGUGGAGUCAGGAGCGCUGA